UGGCGGGUCUCGUUCCGGGAACUUAACAACAGCUCGUUUACUCGGCUCUAGUUGUGAUAUGUGCGUGAUUGCGUCGUGCUGUGACUUUUUUUACUGUAGCUGCUGUUGCUACAGGUUGCUGUUAACACUUUCUGGUGUUUUCUCAGAUGAAAUAUGAAAAUGCAGCGGACAAAGAAAAAAACCCUAAAAUGUGUAAAGAAGUUCAUACUUCGCUAAAAAUCUCCGUUUAGUUCACCGUAAGAAAGCUUUGGACAAUACGCCGCCAUGUUGCCUACAAAUGUUAUGUCCUUUAUGAAAAAAAUGGUGGCGGCCGAGUCCGGAGUUGGAACUACCACCGCCGAAGCAGCUGAUGGGGGAACAACAUUCGGAAAACUGAGACAAACACUUUCUUCCUCUUUACUAACGGCUCAGGAUAAAGUGACGAAAAUGUCCCCGAGACCGUCAUUAAUACCGGAUAUCGAGCCGUCACCCCCUGCCGAUGAAAAGCCGCCGGUUACGAUGGCGCCUCCAACUCCUCCUGUGGUUAAACCGGAGCCCGGUAAACCCCCCAGUAGAGCGGGAGCGUGCCGGGUGUGCCUCAAGGCUUUUAAACCCGAUGAUUUCAGCAGGACGUGUGCCGAAUGUACGCAGCGAGUGUGCGAGGAUUGUGCCAGUUAUAGCAAAUUAGCUGAAGAUGAGGAUCCCACCAACUGGACCUGCAGCGUUUGUAGAAGGAAAUUGCAAUCAAGAGCGGCAUUGGCUCAAGACUCAUCGGAGAGUUUGUUGGACGUUCCAAUACAAGAAUUACAGAGAAGGCAUUCCGAGGCGCGGUUGGGAUCCGGGGGUGGCUUGACGACGGGAAUGGGGAGCGGUUUAGCCCCACCUCGUAGCCCGGAACUUAGGAGGCACUCGGAUGUGUCCCCUGCUUCGCUCAAGGAACUGGAAAAGUUGAAAGGCGGGGGCUCCAAGACUCCCGACCCCGACUGGACUAAAGGCCGAGGAGGUCGCAGCACAGCCAGCAGCCGCCAAAACAGCCCCCCUCGUGAAACAGCCCCUAUAAUACAAGCGCCACGAUCACGUAGAGGUUCUAGAGUAGCAAGACAACACAGUUACGAUGACGAAGUUAAGAAUAAUCUCGCACCUACUACGAUAGGAGACACCGGUCUGGGUYUACCUGCCCCCAUGCCCAGAAGAGCUUCCGCUUACGACGUUUACGCAGUGCCCGGUUUAAGUACCGUAACGGCGCCUUCGGUUGCCGGAAGACGGCCGUCAUUCAGAGUACCCGCAGCAGAAACCACCAGUCCCCCAAGUCCGGAAACAGCCCCCGUCACGUUAACAGCCCCAGAGGAAGAUAGGCGGACCAGGAGGAGGGGAUCGCAACUGCCGGACAUCGCCGGAUUGCGCACAAUGCCAGCCCCUCGACCAACUCCAGCUUUGGAGGAUUUAGAAGCGGCCCCGAGGCGGCAAGCAUCGGUGGACGCGGAGGCCAUUCGAAUCGUCAUCCACGACGUGGAUUCGGGCUCGACGGCCGCCGCCCAGAGACGAGUUAUCCUCAGGAGAGACCCCACCGACAAGGCACACAGAACUCGAGGCUUCGGGAUGCGCGUCGUGGGCGGCAAGACAGCACCCGAUGGCCGUCUUUUUGCGUACAUCGUCUGGACCGUCCCCGGUGGUCCUGCUGAAAAAGGAGGUCUGCAGCAGGGCGAUAAAGUGCUUGAAUGGGGAGGCGUCUCUCUCAUCGACCGCUCGUUUGAGGAAGUGUGUUCUAUAAUGGACCGCACAGGUGACGUGGUUGAGCUUUUGGUCGAACAUGCGACCGACUUGAGAAUGUGCGACCUUUUGGAUGACCCCAUUCCCAACGUAAACCGGAAACCGUCAGAUGCCACGGUAACGGCGCUCCACGUCGAACCGGAAAGUGACAAGACGCCUUCGUCGCCGACAAGACGGAAACUUCCUAAAACGCCGGAACAGCUUGCGAGGGAACGAACUGUAUCAGGAAGAAUCCAAAUUCAAGUUUGGUAUCACGAUGAACGGAAGGAGUUGGUAGUGGCAGUCCUAGCAGCAGAUGAUUUGGCCCCGCGAGACGAAAGUCUCGGUUUUGGAUCACUUCCCGAAGCUUACGCCCGCUUAUGUUUAAUGCCUUUGACAACCGAAGAACACUGUCUCCAAACGGAAGUCGCCCCGGCCAGCCAAAACCCCAUUUGGAAUGCAAAUCUGAGCUUUCCCGGCGUUCCCGGUGACGAACUUAUGGAGCGCGUCCUGGAAAUAACCCUCUGGGACCUAAUCCCUCACAACGAACACGCUUUUCUCGGCGAGUGUUCCGUCGACCUGCAGAAAGCCUUUCUGGAUGACCGAGCCGUCUGGUGCCGUCUGGAAGACCCCAGACAGCUGCGAGGCAAAUCUCCCCAUACCUCGCCGCGAGGAUCGAUCGCGGGUGCUGGAAAACGCAACGAUUUCGGCAACCAAAGAAGCAUCUCUGAUGACGUCGACUCGAUAGGCGAGUGUGCCAGUCUGCUGCAUCCGGACCACGCAUGGGGCUCCAGACGGGGCUCGAGCCAAUCGGAGCAGCUGGAAGUGGAGGUGUAUCAGCUAGGGAAGGACUUUUCCAGGUCGCUGCCAGGCUCGAGGAGGUCGUCGUUCCAAUCGGCCCAAGAGCAAGCGGAGCAAGAUGGGCCCGCGGUGCCGCCCCCUGCCUCCUACAGCAGAGACAGGAGGCGAAGCAGCUGCACGAGAAUGCUGAGGGAUCCGGAGGAAAUACUCAAGUCGCUGAAAGCGGUCAAGGGAGAACUUGGAAGAACUAUGAGCUUAUCGGCGGAAAAGAGACACAGAAGAUCGACAAGUGGCGCCUCGAACCGCGAGGAUCGCAAGAACAGCGUGAUGGAAAUAACCGAGACAGGCAAAGAGAACAGCCCCCCUUCGAGUCCGGAGCGCACGUCGCCCCCUCGCCUCGGCCCCGGCCAGAUCAAGCCGCGGGGCUUCCGCUUGUCCAGCACGCGGCCCGUGGAGCUGAAACUGGGCCUGCUGAUGACCAAGGGCCAGCUGGAGGUGGAGGUGGUGUGUGCGCGCCACAUCGCCCCCCGCGAGACGCCCCCCGACACCUACGUCAAGUGCUACCUGCGCGACGGCGACCGCUGGCUGCAGAAGAAGAAGACGCGCGUGGUGCGCCACUCCUGCGAGCCCCAAUUCCGGCAGACCCUCAAGUACCAGGCGUGCGACGUGCUGGGGCGCAGUCUCGUCGUCAUGCUGUGGGAGCGCCAAGGGGGCUUCGAGCACAACCAGGGGCUGGGAGGGGCCGAAGUGGCCCUGGACUCGCUCACUCUCACUCAUCUCACUACCGGAUGGUACCCGCUCUUUCCCAUUCAUUCCCUCGGAUCGGAUUCGAAUGAUUCGCCUUGACCUGUUCCAGACUCACCCCCUGAGGAUCCCUCCGAUUGAGACACCGAGAUGUAACUUCCCAUCCCGCUUGCUUUCAUUCACGCUUUCAUAUACUUGAGUGGUGUGCGAGAUAACUUCCUAAUUGAGUUCAUUACAAAUUAUUGGACUUAUUACAGUCGACUGUAAUGCAUAUUUCAAUGCUUUCAUCUUCCUUUCGCAAUAAUCGAAAGCAGCCAAUUAUGGCUCGGGGAGACGCAGCGCAUCAACGAUCACAAGUUGUUACGACUUGAAAAUCUGACGCACUGUCUGGUUACAUUACAUUACAUGUUACAUUACAUGCAAGAAACGUAUAAAAGGCAAGGAAAACAAAAAAAAAACUGCUAUGGUUUAAAGAAACCACAAUGCAAGUGAAACUUUUUUUCUGAUCAAAACACACAAAUACCGCGGAGCACUUGCGCGAAUGAGUAAGAAUAUAAAUGCUACACGGUCAGCUGAUGCGAGCCAUGGGCGCCUUUCACUUUACCCCUACUCCGCGGCCGGCUGUAAUGCGACAUGCGAUAGAUGGACAAAAAUUUUCGAGGCACUUUAAAAAAAUAUUUUGAAGACAAUAAAUACUUCUUUCUAUCGAACGAUUGAACGACAAAGUAAUCAAUGAAGAAAAGGCCACCAUUAAAAAUACGAUUAGAAAGAUACAAACAUACUUUCUAAAAAAUAAACUAAUAAAAAUUUCAUAUUAUUAAAGAAAUUCAAAGAAAGAAGCUUUAACCCUCAAUAAAGCCGUUCUAAAAAGCAUUAUUAAGUUAAAAUGUGUCAAUUAUUUAAUUUCAUUACAAAUGACUACUUGGAAAACAUAUAUUUUUAAAACUUAUCAUGCUGUAACUAAACUAAAAAAGUGUCAAGCUCAACCAGACGUUAAUUUUUUUUAAGAACUCUAUUCAUUCAAAGUACUUUAAAACCUCUUAUUGCUAAUGUGAAAUAUACAAGUGUUCCGUUUUUAUAGUUACAAACUUAAACAAGUGAUAGAAUAUUCAAUUUUAAGACAAA